AUGGAUGACCCCCCCCCGAAAAAGUUAGGGUUAGAAGUGCGCGCCACCCCCCCUUUUUCCAGAUUUCAUGCGCGCCAAGGGCGCGCCCAGUUACCCUCCAUCCAGAACGAACAACUCCAGAAACGCUUUCAUCCAAUCCCCAAUGUUCCCAAGACAACGGGCGAAGUUGGAAAACCGGCUGGUGGUCAAUUGGUCCAACCAGCCGUAGAACCUACACGCGCUCCCCUAAACCUACCUGGAAAACCUAUCUCGCCCGUCCCUGCCACUAUCCCAACCACAACUGAACAAGUACAUCGUGCUUUUGAGCUCGCCUCAAAUGCUCUUAUACCUCCCGAACCACUCCCAAUCCCACUCCCAUCUCACCCCGUAGAACCUGCUACUGCUCCGGUCACUCAGGCUCCCCCAAUACAGGCCACAAUCGACAAGCAUAGCCAAAACCAAAGCAUUGAUAUCGAUGGCACCGGUAUGGUAGACGAAGAGGAGGAAGUGGGGGACGAGCAAGGUCUACUGGAGGAUUCUGAUGAGGAUCUGGAUAUCAUCUUAGAAGGCGACACCUCAGUUGCUCCUACGGCACCCCCAUCACGUCCCUCAACACAACCCUUGCGUUUUGAAACUCCGCAAGACUCAGUUCCUUUGGUUCGAUCCAACGAGCAACUCAAUGUUACCACGGAAUACAAACCGCUUGAACGAGUCGACUUGAAGCUUGUCGAUCCGGCUUCUCUCCUACCUCUUAAGCCCAGUCCUAUGCCCGUCGCCCAGCCCACUCCAUCUCCUCGGCACACCCCCCAUCAUAAUAGCCACAACAGAUUGCCCACCCCUGAGAAUUUUCCGGCCCCAGGUACUCCUCCUCCUCAACCACCCGGAGAGCUGAAGCCACCCGAUUUACAAGCCGACAAUCCAGUGAUUCCAUCCGGUUAUGAUGACAAAGAUGGGUCUGCAUUGAUGAACUUCGAUUUCGAUGCCCUCCCCGAAAGUGAGAAAGGUUGGAAAAAACCUGGUGCUCAUCUUGCAGAUUGGUUCAAUUACGGCUUCGACAAAACCACAUGGAGAACAUAUGUCAUGAAACAGAAGAGGUUGCGCAAGGAGGAAGGCUGGGCUGCAAACCCGUUCGUGGCUUUUGCCAUGGGUAAUGUAGAACAAGCCUGGGCAGGACUUCCUCCAGAACUGAAAGGUGUCAUGAUGGGAAUAAUUAUGGGAAAUUUGUUGGGGUCAAGAAACAACAAUCAUGCUCCACAAAUGCCACGAUCGGUACCUCCGAUGAUGGUGAUGAAUCCCAUGAUGCAGGGGAUGGAGAUGGGGGGAUAUGUCAUUAAGCAAGACCCAGGCGGUGCUUCUGAGCAGACAGAAGAUUUGUCUGCCCUAUACGGUGAUGAUAUGGACCCGCGAGAGCAACACCAUCAUGAGCAACAAAGAAUGCAGGACCAAAUGCGACACAUGCAGCAUAUGAACCACAUGGGUAUGGGUGCUGGCUUCAUGCCUGGAAUGGACCUCGCUGCAAUGUUUGGGAACCCAGACCAUCCGAUGUUCAUGAAUGGGCCUUCGUUUAACGGGAUGAUGGAAAUGCCACAUAUGCAGCAUAUCCCAGCACAAAUGCAGCAGCAGCAACAGCAGCAGCAGCAGCAGCAAACACAACAACAGCCGAUUGGACUUGGGCCCUCAAUUAACAUGACAAAGCCACCCAGCCUGAACUCAACACCCAUCUUCACACCGGUCAAUCCAGUUCAGACGAUUCAAACGGGCACCAGGCCCAAUUCGCCCGGCAUUCUUCCCCCAAUUUCGUCGUCUACGGCCGGCCCAGCAACCCAUACGGCAACACCUGGCGACUCACCAGGUUUGUUAGCGAUGCCUAGUCCUGCAAGCGCAAGAGGACGAGGCGCAAGGCCUGGGGGGAGGGGAAGAGGAAACACUCAAGCAAGUGCGUUUAUGGCUGCCGCUGCCGCUCGUGGUUGGGGCAGGGUGAUAUCCGCCUCAAACUCUGUCACCACCCUGGCUCCUGUCCCCGCUAUUCCUCUGCUGAGUCCCAAGAUUGAUCCGCCUGUCCAAGCAACGCUGGCUACUGCUAUACCUGUGGCAACCACCCCGGUAUCUUCGUGUGCCUCCGUCCGACCAGUAUCACCAUUGCCAUUGAACGUUCCUACAGGACCCCGACGUGCAGCGCCGGCCAGUGGCGCACCACCCCCAAGGGGACCCCAUGGUGUGCCGGGUGGAUACUUUGACAAGGAUGCAGCGGGUGGUCGGGAAGAUGCAGGACUGGACUACGGCGGUGGAGGAGGGGAUAGUCCACGGGAGGAUCGCAAAUCGAUCAGUCGGCGACACAGUCACAACAGUGAACGAGACAGAUCCGAGAAGGAUUCUCAACGGUUUGAGAGAGGCGAAGAUCCUGCAGACAGGUCUCGGUCAAAAUCGCGGGAUAAAGAGCUCGUUGACGAGAAGGAAAUCCUGCAUAAAUCCUCCAAGUCUCGCCAUCGACAUCGGGCCCGGUCCAAAUCUAAGGACCCUGUCGAACAUCGCAGUAGUUGUGAGAAGGGCGACAAGGAGAAAGACGAGACUGGUCAUAAACCUAGCAAAUAUGCUAAUGGGGAGAAGGAGUCGGCGGAGUCGUCAGGCGACUGA